AUGGUGACGAGGAGGCGGCGACCGCAGCAAAGCAGCAAGUUUCAUCUUCCUAUAGCCCCCCCACUACUCGUACUUCCCGGAAGAAAACGCCUCACCCAACAAUCACUCAAUAAUCCAGGAAGGUCACAGCAGCAACAGCCUUUGCGCGAUGCCGAUACUGCUAACCAGCAUGAUAGUCCAUCCGCUGGGAAUACUUCAGAGCGUGAAGAACACUCGUCUUUCUACAGCUCACUACACUACGUCUCCGAUGUGGCGACGCUGGACAAACGAAGUCAUUCCUUCCUUGAUCAGCUCCAUACCUUACAUACUUGCGCAAAUCGACUUCUCUUCGCGAUCGAACUUGCAACUGCAGCCAAGAUGGAGUUGCCUACCUUCAGUGCAAAUCGUCUUGUCGACGGAGGGUUUCUCGAUAUCACUUGCCAUACUCUUUCAAUCAUAUCGAGAUAUUACGAAUUGAGUGCUGCACUUGCGCGCCUGCUCCCCUUCAGCUCCUGUCUCGCGGUUACUUUGCCUGCGCUUCCCAUCGCUCCUUCCCUCGCUGUCGACCUUCAGUUGCUGGAACUUGUCAAAACCUUGUUCGUACAUACCACUCCCAACACAACUGCUUGGUGCGAAACACUCGAAGUCUUUUCUGGCUGGCCGCGGGUAUCACCUUACCACCAAGACCCCUUGAUCGGGGGUCGCAAGAGAAAGCGACCUGCAGCCACAGAAGAGGAGGGGGAUGACUACGAGGAUGGCAUGCGAGUCCUGACGUCUGUGCUAGAUGGCUGCGGUGAUUCUUUUCUUGCCGCUGAUGAGAAACGUGAAAAGGCUAGUACCCAAUUUUUUGCAGAUACAGGCGUGAUGGCCAUGCUAUGUCGGCACGAUCGUGUAUUAUGGCUCGCCAACAUGACGUCGGCGGGAGAAAAGCAACACUAUGCUCUCGCCCUCAUCCAGAAACUUUUCGAUAAUCUCCCUACCGAUAUGACCGUUGGCCUGUUGUAUGACAUUGGCUGUCAGCUUCAUCGAAGUUGUCCUCAAUCUUUCACGCCUACGGCCACCAAUGGGGCAUGUCAAAUUAUAUACCAUCCUCGCAAAUGUGAAGGCUUUGGCCUUUCGGAUGGAGAAGGUUGCGAGCGUUUAUGGAGUGCACUGAAACAUCUCAUUGCUCCGCUACGCGUUUCUGGGUUUCAUCAGCGACUUUUUGUCCUCAACACUCAAGUCCGCACCUCGAUGAGAAGAACCUUAGUUAUAUGGCAACUGGUUGAUCCGGAGGUGGAUAACUGCAUCAAGAAGAAGAGUACUGCAACGCAGGCUCUAAGUGAGCUUUCAGUCGAUGAGAUCUGUGAGAUCGAGACAAAUAAUGACGAGGAGGAGAAAUCUCAAAAAUUCUCUCCCUUGAGAAAUCUCUUAUUGAGAUUGAUGGAGCGUUGCGACGCAUGGAAACGCAACUUUACGCUCAAGCUCUUUAAACGCGUAUCCGCGAACGACUCUCGACAGCGCAAGUUCGAAAUUGAGAAGCUUGAACGCUCUUACAGGCAAGCUGUAAACGAGCGCAGCUUUAAUUCCAUGUCGAUGCUGCAAUCCAGCGGCGCACUCCUACGAUACGAAGCUCGUACACGCCGCAGUCCUCCGAAUGCUAUACCACCCAACCCCAUCUCUCCUACCGGUAUUUUUGAUCUGAUAUUGAUGCUGAUAUUUGGGGAGGACAUUGGACUUGACGAUGUCGUGCCGGAACCCCCUGAUUGGCUAGCUGAUGAGGAAGAGUCUCGUGUGAAGGUAGAGCGCUGUGCUCUGCAAGAGUGGGCCAUGCGUGAGUGGGAUGGUCUACAGAGGGCGCGUGCACAUGCAAAUGAUGAAGCGAUCCUCUAUCACAUGAAUUGCCGUGCUCGACAAUUCAUUGUCCUUGUACUGGGGUGGCAGACGAAGGUUCGUCCCAUUCCAUGUGCAUGGCCUAUGCCUGACUGCUGGGGGCCGUCUCAAACCGAACUUGCUAAUGGGACCCCUGUGGUGUACCCUGAUGACCCUGAUGACGAAGAUCAUGUAUCGGAUGAUGGAGAUGACUGGGAAUCUGAUAUUGGCUGUGGUGAUGAGGAGCUUAUGGAUGUUUUAGAAGAUAUUGCAUUAGCGGAUCAGUAUAGAGGGCAAGAGGAAACAUGA